UUAUAGAUUAUCAGCGAAGUGGUGAGGCUAACAAUGUCGCGAGUCAAUUUUAUACUAUAUUUAUACGCGUUCGUGGCCGGAUGCACGGUAGUAUCUGCUUGUAAACUGAGUAUUCAAAGUCCGGCACCAUUAUUUGCGCAAAAUCUUGGUUCAAAAAAAAUUAUUUUCAAGUCACAAGACUCUGCGAUAGAACUGUAUAUCGGAGAAUCGAUUACAGCGUACUGCAGUUCCGGAUUAAUUUAUAAGAAAUCUGAUGAUCGAUAUGGCUACAGUUCUAACACUAACCAGGUUUUGUCUUCAAACACCGCCGAGAUCAAUUGUGACUCGAAUAACAAAAUUGGCAUAAAGGGGAUAAUAAACGAUUUUACUACACAAAUAACUGUUCAAUGUAAAUCGAAAACGAACUAUGAUAUUUAUGAAAGUGAAAGGAUUCUUCCGAACUGCGAGAAUUACGUGACUUACGCAAUCGGUGCGCCGAUCGAAUUGGUGGGAAGUGAUAUCAAAGUCGGCAUCUGCUAUGAUCUCGACAAUUUUAAAUUGAAAUUUGUCAGUUAUAUAGCACAAUCGAAUAGCGAAACAUUUGUCCUCGACGAGAAGAGAAACCCGAAUGAACUAUCCGUAGAUUUAAGUCGAAAGAUUCGCAGCCUGAAAACAUACUUUCCAUUUAUGAGUCAGAACACUUUUAAUGCCGCUCGCGACCAGUUGCGCAAAACACAAACUCUCUUCGAUGCCUUCGAGUUCGAUUUCACCAGCUUAUUGCAGGACGAAUCGCUGAUGAGUCCACUUGAGAGUCACGCCUACAUUUUCAACACCAUGUGGUGGCGCCAACUGCGUCAACAUAACUGGCGCUACUUCCUCGAUGCGCUGAAGGAACGCACACAGUCCGUUAAAUAUCUCGUGCAUUUGGGCACCUACGGCAAUAUGACGGCGCCUACGGGAAAUUGCGAUUUGUUCAAAGACGAAAUUGUCGCCGUCCACAAAGAUAACUUAGCAAUCACGGCGCCCGCGUACAUUUGGGCCUAUUUGAAAGCACCGCCUGCUGCUGAUGGCGUGAAAAAAGAAGACAUUGUAGUCAUUGCUUACAAUUCGCCUUAUGCGUCCAAUCCCACGCAUGAGGAAUUCUGUGAUUUUGAUGUGUGCGACGAAGUUGAGUGGCUGAAAAAUAGCACCUUCGGAAAUUUGCGACGCUUAGCAACACUGGGCUAUAUGUUCUGUUGCCGCCCUGAAGAUGUGGCUCUUAUCAUUGAUUACUUUCCAAUAAAGCAAGAUAAGCAUGAAAUUACGAAAUCUGGAGAAGUAGAACUAACACAUGCAAAUGUUAGCCAACCAGCGCCAAAUUAAAUAUACAAAUUUAUUAAUAACAGAAAGUACUAGUUAACAAGUAGUACAUAUAAACAUAUAAUAUGUAAUGUUAUUCAGAUUUUUUUUAUAUAAUAAACGAUCUAUAUUUGAUUUUCAACUUUA